UGUUUCAAAUAUUAUAAUGCAUAUUUUAUUUCCAAUUAUUAACUCAAAAUACAAUUUUUAAAUAUUAUAACAAUUUUCUUAUAAGGAAAUCUUACAGGUUUUAUCAAUCGUUCUUUAAAUAACAAUCAAAGAAAACAACAUGAAGUCAAAAAAAUCUAGUGUUGCGACCAAAUCGGAUCAGCGUUUUGUUUUCAAAUCCAGGAAAGCCGAAAGAAAAGCGAUGCGACAAAUGAAAAAGCAAAAGAAAAAACAAUUGCCUCAAGUUGCAGAAAGUGAAAUUGCUGUCGUUAAAGUCAACAAGAAAAAAAAGCCACCGGCAGUACCGUCGACCGUUGAUUGGCGAGUGGCAGACAGAAACAAGGAAAAACUGGAAGAAAUGAAAUUACAAAGGCAAUACGAUAAAAGCAGACGUGAGCAAAUGAAAGAAGCCAACGUCUACGAAGACAAAGAAAUAAAAAGAUUAGCAAAACAUUUAAAAAUCGAUAAGAGAAAAACGGUUGGAAAGUCGUUUGUAGAAGACGGACUCGAUUACUUGUUGGACGUAUGUGAUCCUGAAACCAGGAAGGAUUGUGCUACGCUUAAGGAAAGUUUACUCGAUCUCGAGUCAAACUUUCAAGAAGACUACAAUACAGUGAACGAUUUAAAAAGAAAAAAGAAAACUGCUGAAUCUGAGGUAAAAGAAAAAAAGAAAAAAGUCACUUUUGACGUUGAUGAGGAUUCAAGUAACGAAGAUACGUUUGAGUACGAACACGAAGAUGACGACAUAUCAGACAAUGACGAUGACGAUGAAGACGUAUCAGAUUAUGAAAUACACGAUGGUUUCGAUUUGGAAAAUGAAGAAAAUUCAGAUGAAGAAACUUACGAAUGUGAUAGAGAAGAAGAAUUUGAUUAUAGUGAUGACGAUAAUGGUGUCGACGACGAUGAUGGUGAGGACAAUGAUGUUAAUGACGACAAAAUAAAAAACAAGUCUACCGAGGUGGAUAAAAAUUUAAAAGAAGACAUUUAUGGAAGGAUAAAAAAACCCGACGGAACUGUUGUGGAAAAGUCAUCGGUUUACGUUCCACCACAUUUAAGAAAAAGUGAUGACUCCGAACAACUGAAACGACUUCGACAACAAGUCAAAGGAUUAUUGAAUAGGCUUGCGGAAACAAAUAUGCAUAGCAUAAGUAGACAGAUAGAAGAUGUUUAUCAAGUCAAUAGUCGAAACAAUAUGAACGAGACAUUGUACAACUGUAUUUACGAAUUAGUAGUUCAAUCCCAAUGUAUAACUCCGUACAGAAUUGUCGUUGAAUCUUCUACGCUAAUAACAAUUUUACACACAAAUGUUGGCAGUGAAAUUGGUGCAUUUUUUUUACAAAGUUUAGCGACCAAAUUAAAUACACUUAACGAAAGUAAUAGUUUAAAAGUUGAAGAUAAAGAAAUAGAUAAUGUUCUGUUGUUAUUGUGUUGUUUGUACGCUUUCAAAGUUUUCAACAGCGGAUUAAUUUUUGAAAUCUUGGAAAAGUUUUUAGCAAAAUUCGAAGAAAAACAAAUUGAUCUAAUUUUAACCGUACUAAGAACCGUGGGAUUUAAUCUCAGAAAAGAUAAUCCUAUGGCAAUAAAGAAAUUAUUGUUAGACAUACAGAAAAAAAAUACCGAAGUUUGUAAAUCUACCGACAAUUCAAGAGUGAAGUUCAUGUUGGAAAUAUUGUUGGCGAUCAAAAAUAACAACAUUAACAAAAUACCGACCGGUUCGGAACAAUGUUACGCCACAUACAUAGAACAUAUACAAAAAAUGAUACGUACAUUUUUUAGAUACAACAAAACUCCAGCAGAGUUGGCCAUAACGUUGGACGAUUUGCUCAACGUGGACAACAAAGGUCGAUGGUGGAUCGUUGGCUCGGCAUGGAAAGGCGACGAGCAAUCGGCAAAAAAUAUUCUAAAGAAAACAACAGAUACGUACGAUAAGAAAUUGUUGGAAUUGGCGAAAAAAUAUCGCAUGAACACGGAUACGAGGAAAAACAUAUUUUGUAUUUUAUUCACCGCCGAAGACUAUUUGGACGCUUUCAAUAAACUGGUUCGCUUGGGUCUCAAAGGUCCACAGCAAGAAGAAAUCGUCAGCGUCCUCGUUCAUUGUUUGUUGGUCUACAAAACGUACAACCCGUUUUUCGCGCUCGUGGCGCAACAGUUGUGCGAGUCGGAUCGAAAGUAUCAAGCGUUUUUGAAACGUUCCAUAAACGUGCGGAUGGAAGAAAUCAACAGCUUGAAAAAACAUCAGCUGCCGAUUCUGGCGUCGUUCUUAGCCCAGUUGUUACGCGACAACUCGCUGCCGAUCACUUUGCUAAAGAAUGUGGAUUGGGGAAGUUUGAACAAGUUGAUGGUGAGUUUUGUACGGCAAACUCUUAUCAAAGUGUUGCAAGACUCGAACGACGAAGAGACGACAACGAUAUUUGUGAAAGCGUCGAAGAAUCCCGGUUUGCAGUUUUUCCGCGAAGGCCUGUCGCUGUUCUUAAGUCAUUUCCUUAUCAAAAACUCUGCCCAAGACGUCAGCGACGACAAACUGAAACUGUUAACGAAAAGGGUGAAAACCGCACAGGCCGCACUGAACAGCGGUUAGGUUUUGUUGUUUUACGUGCACAUCUAGAAGCCCUGAUUUAGUGAAUGACUAAUUGGAUUUCCACCCACCCGACUAAUGGCAUUAAACGUAUUUGUUGUCUGUGCAUUUAGUGUUUGCCUGUCGACGUGGUAUCAUUUUGUUAUUUUAUUUCAAUAUAUAAGAAUACUUUUAAUUUAUUUUUACUAUUUUGUUUUCUCGCGAAGAAAAUGCCGCCUAAAGAUCCCGAA